GCUCUGCCCCCGGCCCCGCCAUGGCUGUCGAGAAGGAGAAGAAGACGUGCGGGCAGGUCGCGCAGGAGUGGAAGGAGUUCGUCUGGAACCCGCGCACCCACCAGUUCAUGGGGCGCACCGGCAGCAGCUGGGCUCUCAUCCUGCUGUUCUACUUGGUCUUCUACGGCUUUCUGACGGCUCUCUUCUCGCUCACCAUGUGGGUCAUGCUGCAGACCGUGGAUCCGUUCAUCCCCAAAUACCAAGAUCGCCUCUCCGUCCCAGGCAUGAUGAUUCGGCCCAAGACGGAAGCGCUGGACCUCACCUACAACCUAACCAGCACUGAGUCUUGGGACGGCUACGUGAAGAUGCUCAAUAGCUUUCUGGAAGCCUACAACGAUUCCCGGCAAGCCGCCAUGAACGAGUUCUGUGAGCCUGGGCGUUACAAUGAGCAGCUCGACAACGGGGUGCUGAAUUACCCCAAGAGGGCCUGCCAGUUCAACCGCACGGUGCUGAGGGACUGCUCAGGGCUGAAUGACUCCACCUACGGCUACCAGGAAGGACGGCCUUGCAUCCUCGUCAAAAUGAACCGGGUCAUCAAUUUCUAUGCAGGGGCCAACCAGCCCAUGAACAUUUCUUGCAUGGCCAAGAAAGAGGAGGAUGCCCAGAAGCUGGGAGAGAUUGCAAUGUUUCCCGCCGAUGGCAACAUUGAUCUGAUGUACUUCCCUUACUAUGGCAAAAAAGUCCAUGUGAACUACACGCAGCCCGUGGUGGCCGUCAAGUUCCUCAGCCUCACCUUCAACUACGACCACCACGUGGAAUGCAAGAUGAACGCAGCCAACAUCGCCACCACUGACGACCGAGACAAGUUCGCCGGGCGCGUGGCUUUCAAAAUCCGGGUCAACAAAGACUGAGGCCUGCUCUGUCCCUGCUCCUCCGCCUCCUGGACCCUCCACCCUCCAAAACGGAUCCUUCCCGGUGGCUCCCUGCAACCCCAACAGGGAGCUCAGAACAACCACCAGGUCGAGGCUGAUGGGGCCGGGGGGGAUGAUGGAUUUGGGGGUCCCCUUGGCAGCUGCUGCUCAUCUUGUCCCACUAACCUGUGCUAUUAGACAAUCCCACGCCCCUUGGCCCUACGGUUAAGGCUUUGCUCC